AGCCAAAACAGUAAAUAUUUAUAUUAAUACAAUAAGAAAAAAUCAAAUAUAUUUCCUAGGGUAGAAUAUGUGGUGUGGUUUGGUUUGUCAACGUAAAACACUGCACUAGUUGAAUGCAGUGCUUGAUCCACUGCUCGCAUGCGUCGCCGUGACUUCAUGCUCGUUUUUUUUUUGUUUUUUUUAACCAGCGCAAGUCCGGUGGGUCCUGGGUAAAAAGAAUGGAUACAUCGCCAAGAAGAUAAACCCCCAUAACAAAACAAAUAUGCCAUUGAAAAUUUACCCGGUGCAGGCACGCCUCAGAUUGCAAGGGAGACGACGAGAUGAUGCAUUUAAUGUCCAUAUUUCUAAACGGCGUGUAACUGGAGAUUUUUCGCUUCGAAGCUGCGGUGCCUUCAGGGAUCACAAAGCUGCUUUUAAAAAAUGAAGAUGAGCUGUACUGAAUAAUGGUGAUCUGCGAAGGCUUGCCUCAUAACGGAGGCAGCAAUGGUGGAGCCUGCGUCCUCCUUUUUUAGAAGACUAAUGCUUGACUUAACGGUGGGCGGCUCAUAAUAUGAUGAUGAACGGCACAGAGAUGCCAUCAGAGCUGGAGGAUGUGCCCAGGCAGGUGAACAUCAAUGGCACCCAGACGUCACACAGCCCCCCAGUUUGGGCAGUUGUCCACACGGCCACCUUGACCUUUUGCUCCCUUCUCAUCGUCUUCAUCUUCUGCUUGGGCUCGUAUGGGAACCUUGUGGUGUUCCUGUCCUUCUUCGAUCCGGCCUUCCGCAAGUUCCGCACCAACUUUGACUUCAUGAUCCUCAACUUGUCCUUCUGUGAUUUGUUUAUUUGCUGUGUGACGGCCCCCAUGUUUGCGUUGGUGCUUUACCUGGAUGCGGGUGGCGUGGAUGGCGUGUCCAAGAGCUUUUGCUUCGCCUUCCACCUCACCAGCUCGGGCUUCAUCAUCAUGUCACUGGAGACGGUGGCGGUCAUCGCCCUGCACCGCCUGCGCAUGGUCCUGGGCCAGCAGCCAAACCGCACCGCCUCGUUCCCCUGCACGCUGGCCCUCACCGCCCUUCUGUGGACGUCCAGCUUCACCGUGGCGGCCCUCCUUACCAUGCGGGCGUACCCACGCACGGAUGGACCCUGCUUGCCGCACUUUGGUCUAGGAGGGGGGCGGGCCAGGUUGGUGCUGUACGCGUACCUUGCUGACUUUGCUUUUUGCGUGGCUGUGGUCUCCGUGUCUUAUCUGAUGAUCGCCCAGACCCUGAGGAAGAACGCGCAAGUGAGGAAGUGUCCCAUUAUUACCGUGGCGGCCAACUGCACCCCACCCCCGGCACCUCUGGCAGCCACGGGCUUUGAGGUGGUGCCGUGUAGUGCUGAGGGCCCCUUGUACCGUAAUCAGAUCUAUAACAGAUUACAGAAUGUUCAGACGCACUCUUACGCCAACAGGACCAAGCAACCGGUGGUCCCGGGGGCAGCCCAAGAAGCCACCUGUUGCCAGCUGGUCUCCACGGUCAACUUGGCCACCACCAAGGACUCCAAAGCUGUCGUCACCUGUGUCGUCAUCGUGUUCUCAGUGCUGCUUUGCUGCCUGCCAAUGGGGAUCUCCUUGGCGCAAGACGUUCUGUCGCCAGAGAGCAGCUUCGCACAUUACCAGUUUGAACUGUGCGGGUUUGUCCUCAUCUUCCUCAAGUCGGGCAUCAAUCCCUUUGUGUACUCGCGUAACAGUGCUGGCCUGCGCCGCCGUGUGCUCUGCUGUAUGCACUGGGCCGCAUUGGGACUCCUGUGCUGCCAGCACAAGACUCGCUUGCACGCCAUGGGAAAGGGCAGCCUGGAAGUCAACCGGAAUAAAUCCUCACACCACGAGACCAACUCGGCCUACAUGCUCUCACCCAAGGCUCAGAGGAAGCUGGUGGACCAGGCGUGCGGGCCGAGUCAGUCCAGAGAGUGCGCCGCGAGUCCCAGGGCCGCACGGAGGCCUCGCCCUGCCAGUACAUCCACGCCCAUCAACACACGCAUUGAGCCCUACUACAGUAUUUACAACAGCAGUCGCUCUGCUGGACCCAGCACGCCCACCAGCCUCCAGCCUGCCAGCUCACAGACGUUCGCCUUUGCCAAGUCCUAUGUGGCCAUGCACUACCACACUCACCAGGACACUCUGCAGGACUUUGAGAGCACCUCAGUGCAACAGAUCCCCAUCCCCUCUGUCUGAACCCAUUUGGGAUCAGUGUUGUGUUCUGAGGGGGACAGCAUCAUUGCCACACAGCAAGAAGGCCGUGGAUGUGUGUACUCAGGCCUGUCGGGUACAGUAUUUAGUUGGGUUGGGUCCCAAAACUUACAGAAUGUUAGCUUAAUGCAGUGGUUCCCAAACGUUUUGUGGCGUCACAGUUUUAUAGAUCAUACCAUUUCCCCUCAGCCUGACACGCAUCUUUUCCUGAGUAACUUAAAAGGGACAUAUUAAGGAAAUGAAUCCUUGAUUACAAAUAGUUGGGUCUCUGGAGGUUGAGCUAUCCAUCAAGUGGAAUAUUUCACCACCAAGUACAUCAUUUCAUUGCUAUCUGGCGGAAACCCUGUAUGUCCAAAUAGGGUCAAUUUCAAUUUAACAUUUCUUCACAAAUUAAUACUAUGAUCUGUCCCAACGUCGUCUGUUAUUCUUACACAUUAUUAACCAAUUUAAAGUGUUGCAAAUAUCUUGAGAACCAUUUUUUAAAUUCUGUUGGACACGAACUGUCUGAGAAAUAUCAUAAAACUGCCAAGUCAUCAUUCUGUCAUUAUGUCGCCUUAUGAUUGAAAGUCUGGGUGUUUUUUUUUUUUUUAGACAAUAAUUAGUUAAAAUAGGUUAGAUUUUAGUAAGCCUGUUUUGUUAAAAAUGGGUAGUUCUAAAGGCUUUUUCACACUGCACUUGGUUUUCUUGGUUUCGCAGCGGGCAGCGUGCAAGGAUGACAGCGCAUGGACAUUGAAAAUGCACGCGUAGCAGCCAACCAGGAAGUAACAGGGUAUGGGGAGAGAUUUGUCUCACGAUUAUUUGCACAAAUACAGUACCCUCCAAAAGUAUUGGAACGGGAAGGUCAUUUCCUUUGUUUUUGUUGUUUACUGAGGACAUUUGGGUUUCAGAUCAAAAGGUGAAUAUGAGACAAAAGUUCAGAAUUCCAGCUUUCAUUUCAUGGUAUUUACAUGUAGAUGUGUUAAACAACUCAGGACAGAGCACCUUUUUUUAAGCCACCCACUUUUCAAGUGAGCAAAAGUAUUGGAACAGACAUGAUUAAAUUAACUUCAAGUGAAUAACAUUUAAUAUUUGGUGGCAUAACCCUGACUUGCCAUAACUGCAUCAAGCCUGCGACCCAUUGACUUCACCAGACUGUUGUAUUCAUUUGAAAUGCUUUUUUUCCAGGCCUUUACUGCAGCCUCUUCCAAUUCUUGUUUGUUUCUGGCUGUUUCUCCCUUCAGUCUCCUCUUCAGGGGGUAAAAUCCUGCUCUAUUGGGUUAAGGUCAGGUGAUGGACUUGGCCAGUCUAAGAACUUUCACUUUUUCCCCCUGAUGAAGCCCUUUGUUGUGUUGGCAGUGUGUUUUGGGUCAAUGUCUUGUUGCAUGGUGAAGCUUCUCCCGAUUAGUUUGGAUGCAUCUUUCUGUAAAUUGCCAGACAAGACUUCAGAAUUCAUUGUGCUGCUACCAUCAUGAGUUACAUCAUUAAUAAAGACAUUACCUCCACCAUGCUUCACAAAUCGGCACGUUGGACGACUGGUUAGAGCAUCUGCCUCACAGUUCUGAGGUCCGGGGUUCAAUCCCUGCCCCGCCUGUGUGGAGUUUGCAUGUUGUCCCCGUGCCUGCAUGGGUUUUCUCUGGGCACUCCGGUUUCCUCCCACAUCCCAAAAACAUGCAUUAAUUGAAGACUCUAAAUUGCCCGUAGGUGUGAAUGUGAGUGCGAAUGGUUGUUUGUUUAUAUGUGUGCCCUGCGAUUGGCUGGCAACCAGUUCAGGGUGUACCCCGCCUCCUGCCCGAUGAUAGCUGGGAUUGGAUCCACCACUCCCGCGACCCUUGUGAGCAUAAGCGGCUCAGAAAAUGGAUGGAUGGAUGCUUCACAGAUGAGCUUGUGUGAUAUGGAUCAUAAGCAGAUCCUUUCUUUCUCCAUACUUUGGCCUUUCCAUCACUUUGGUAAAGGGUAAUCUUGAUCUCAUCAGUCUAUAAAACUUUGUUCCAAAACGUUUGUGGCUCAUCUCUGUACUUCUUUGCAAAAUCCAAUCUGGCCUUCCGAUUCUUUUUGCUGAUGAGUGGUUUGCAUCUUAUGGUAUGGCCUUUAUAUUUCUUCUCUCAAAGUCUUCUUCAAACAGUGGAUUGUGAUACCAUCACCCCUACCCUGUGGAGGAUGGCAGUGAUGUCACUGACUGUUGUCUUUGGGAGUUUCUUCCCAGCUCUCACAAUUUUUCUGUCAACUGCUGUUGAUACCCUUGACCGACCUGUUCGAUGUCUGUUGCUCAGUACACAUUGUUCUUUCUUUUUCAGAACAUUCCAAAUUGUUGAAUUGGCUAUGCCUAAUGUUUGUACAAUAGCUCUGAUAGAUUUUCCCUCUUCUCUCAGCUUCAAAAUGGCUUUCUGGUCAUCAUGUUUGCUUAAUGCAGUUUUCCCAGGUGAAACUCAAAGCCAAAAAGCAAGCAGAAUCCAAUGUUGAAGCGAUCAAUCUGAAAGGCAACACCUGAGCAACUAGAAACACCCAUUAAGUCACAUAUUCCAGUACUAUUGCUCACUUGAAAAGUUGGUGGCUUCAAACAAAAGGUGCUCUGUCCUGAGUUGUUUAACACAUCUAGAUGUAAAUACCAUAAAAUAAAAGCUGGAAUUCUGAAUGUUAUCCUUUUAAACACUUUAAUAAUAAACUGGAUUGUGUACCUUGGUGACAGACGAGGUAAGUGGUUUUAGGUGAUUUCUUUUUUGUUUACUAACUAAUGACGGGGUUGCCGGUUGUCCACCUUGUUCAACAAUGGUCGGUUUACCGGGGAUUGCAGCGGGGUCGGACAAUCUACUGGUGGAUUCCCAUAAAAAUGACUUACAGUCAAGUCAUCAACGGAGACAGCAUCACUGCCACCUAGCGGAUGGAGGGAUGGGCCUUCCCACACUUAAGUAUUCUCAAACUACGUGCGUGUGUGCGUGUGUGUGUGUGUGUGUGUGUGUGUGUGUGUGAGAAUAUCUUGAAAACUGCGUUACGUUUGUCUCAAAAUAAAUGCACAUGCCCGCUGAUCUACAAAUGCAUCUUUAACAAUUCACAAGCAUAAGUGAAUAUUUACAAAUGAUAAAGCAUGAUAAAUGCACACACAACAUUAAAGACCACGUGUAAACCGCGGAUAUAUUUGGGGAUCUGAAAAACGCAUGUAAAUCAAAGAUAUAUUUGUGUAAAUCAUUUUGACACAAAUUUCACCCCAUAACAGGGAAGCUUUUCUCACUGUUUCAGAUGAGAUUUGUUAUACUUGUUUGGAUGCAUAUUAUGACGUCACCAUGACGCUGCUCUCAAGUUGAACAGUUUUAACUCGAGAUGCGUCGCGGCAAAACCUGAGGCAUUAUACUACCUUGAACAAUCCGUUGUAUGGUAACUCAAGCAAAAUAAGCAAGAUGGCGUUUUUCAUUUCUUGAAAAGUAGAGAUUUUGGGUAGGCAAGGAUUCCGCCCAACGAAUUGUGAGCCAUCUAUUUCCCAAAAUUUGUUUGAAUUUUGUGUUUGGCAAUGUUUCCGCUGCAUGUGCUACGUACAAACAGAUCAACACACUAAUUGACAACUGUAAUUUGGCGACUUGGUGAUGAAUUUCUAUCCCUCACGAGGGAAAAUAUAAUGCUUUUUGUAUCUUUAUAGGCACUCGCUUUUUUUCCUUCACACUCUAGGCUGCCGCUUCCACAAGUAGUGGCUGCUCAUCUCGUCGGAACCCCCUAGCUCCAAAAGCCGUACGGCGUAGGCUCCGCAGUAGAGGGGAGCUGUGACUCUUUUACUUGAGAUAGGAUCGCUCCUCCAAAAUGGGGCAAUUUCAGUCAGAAAAAAGCUAGGGUGUGUAAAUGUACUGUAAUUCUUGAUCCAUGGGCUAUUUUGACCAAAGCAUUUUCACAGAUAUGUUUUGAAGACAACUAGAAAUUAAGUUGUGGGGGGAAGAAAAAUGCAUAAUAUGUCUCCUUUAAUAUUGUACUGCCAAUGGGUUUUAUUUUACACAAUAGACGAACACAAUGUAUACCACCGGGCAUCCUCUAGUUGUUAAAUUACUGAAUAUGUUACGUAAAAUUUGUUCAACAAAGAAAAAGUGUUCUGGGAACUAAACUGUCUUGAAUAACGAACCUCUGAAUAGAAAGUGUCAUCCAUAUUGAAGAUACCAUUUGUGGCCCAUGUUGAGAUCUCAAGUACUGUUACAAAUUUCAGUGUGAUCUAAACACUGUGACCUGUGUUCUGACUCAAAGUCCCAGGCCUUUAUUGAGUCUUUAGGACCACCAUAGUUCCCCAAGCUUGAAACCUCAUAGUUUGGUACGAUUAUGAUCGACAGGGACUUUUAAAUGUGUGGGGGAGAGUUAGGCAGCCAAUGUUGUCAAGGUGACCAUUGCAACGCUGAAAUUAUUAGAAUUACGUUCACUCCUUCUUCUGCUAUUAUUCUGCUACUACAACAUCUACUGUAUAUUUGAAAGAAAUGUUUAUCUAAUAUAAACACUUAGCCUAAGUAACUUUUUGGCUUUUUUCAUUCAUGCUUUGAACCCCAUCCCGCAGAACAGGGAACCAUUGAGCUAACUGAAGACUAAAUUGGCUGUAAUGUAUGAACUAUGACUAUAAGUGUAAAUGAUUGUUUGGGUCUACGUCAGCCCUGUGAUUGACAGGUGAUCUGUCCAUAAACUUCACUCGCCAACAUGACCCUGCAUAUGAUGAGUGGAAUAGAAAAUGGAUGGAAAAAGAGAAUUAUAAUCCGAAGGUAUUUCACUGUUCAUGACUUUUUGAGUCUUUACUGAUGGUCCUAUAAGUCGACCUGCUGUAUUGCACAUGCAUGUGCUGUUACAACCUCAGACUGCAGCCUUAAAUUGCUCAUGCGGCCCUUCGAAGGAGUAUUGCUCUUCAUCACGUUUGUAACCUCAUGCACUUUUUACCCUAUUAAAUGUUUGGCAAGUGCA